GAGCGGAAAAUUUGCAAAAUGGGGAGGAUGAGGGUGGAGAAGAGGCGGUUGCAGCAAGUGGUGGACUCGCUCGCACCGGGCUCCAUCAUUGCUUAGUGUGCGGCAGCUGGUAGCGGGGUGAGAGCGCUGAGACGGCCGGCGGUGGCUGUGUUGUGAGGGGCAAGGCCUUUGACCACCCCUCGGCGAGGCAGAAGUGACUCCCCCAAUCCCUCAGCGAGUUCCCCUCCUCCGUCAAAACUUACUCACUCUCGGAGAGUCUUCCUUGCCAGCCAGCUCCCCUCCACUGCUUUGCUCCGCAGUGAGCCCGCGCCCCUGUUGUCCGCAGUGCAACCCACCAUGUCCAAGGACUAUCUGUUCAAGGUGCUUGUCAUCGGUGACAGUGCAGUGGGCAAAACCUCACUGGUACAUCGUUAUACUAAUGACAGCUUCAGCAAACAUUACAAGUCCACCGUGGGAGUGGACUUUGCUUUGAAAAUUUUACAAUGGUCUGACACGGAGACUGUUCGACUACAGCUCUGGGAUAUAGCAGGCCAAGAGCGAUUUACGUCCAUGACCAGGUUAUACUACAGAGAUGCAGGAGCGUGCAUCAUCAUGUUUGAUGUGACAGACGUAAUGACUUUCCACAGUUGUCUCAAGUGGAAGCGUGAUUUAGACAGCAAAGUUACUCUGGUGGAUGGAACUCCUGUGCCAUGUAUUCUCCUGGCAAACAAGUGUGACUUAUCAGAAUGGGCAAUCACAAGGAAAGAGAUUGAUGCCUUCAGUAAAGAGAACCAUUUUGUUGGUUGGAUUGAAACAUCUGUGAAAGAAAACAAGAAUGUUGCUCAAGCUAUGAGUGUGUUAGUAGAGUGUUUGAUGUCGAAGUCCUGUUUGGGAACUCCAACCCAAAGCCAAGGGGAUUAUAUUGAACUUAAAAACGUGCCAACCAGUGAAAAGCCUUGGAGUUCAGGAUGCUGUUGAAAUAUUGAUCCUCGGGACACCAAGGAAAAUUGUACUACCUGUAAGACUUGUAAAGAUUUAGAUUUUUAUGCCCAAAGGAGAUCUGAACAUGAAAGUUAACACCGACUAGUUGGUUAGUAGAUUCAUUCUACUAAAAGUUCAGUUGAAGUUUUCCAACUGCCAUCACUUCUGAUGCAAAAUUUGAUUUAAUACACGUUUGGCAGGCGUUAGCAGAGGCAUUGACUCGAGCAAGUAAAGUUUAAAAAACAACCUUCAGUAUUGUACAUUUAUGAAUUGAGUCUGUUGGGGGUUUCUAUUGCAUCAACUUCUGCCUUUGAUUGAUCCAGGUUCAGGUGGAAUAGAAAUAAGCUAUUCACUGGAUUAGUUUCAAUGUGAUGAGCUGCUCACUUUAUGCAAACUAUAUAAUUGUGCCUAUACCUCUGGACUUCUGUAAAAAGCAAAUAACGAUUCUGUACUCUACCCACUUCCUAUUGUACAUAUUUAUUAUAUUGUGUGCUACUAGACUUUAACAUUGUUAAAUAGGAUAAGGUAUUGCAGAUAUACAUCCACAGGGGAAAGAACUUGAUGAAUCUUAUGGGACAUUGUAAGCUGCUUGAUUAAAUUUUUAUUGCUAGUUUUUACUACCACAGUAUAAUGAAGUAAUAAAUCAUUUAAUUGAGUCUUUUUUUUUCAACCAGCCAGUAGUGGUUAGUUUUUUUUUGUGAUGAACAUGGCAAAAUCCCACACAGUGAGUCACUUCCAAACCUGUUUACUUUUUUUUAUUAGAUGUGUGUUUAUCGCUGAACUUGCUUCAUCUUUGUACAGUAAAAAUCACGGGUGCUGCUUCAAACAAGAAGCAUCUCAAUCUAGAGGUGAUAGCUUAUUUUAAUAUAAAUUACACUUUUUCACUUAAUGUGAUUAAAUGUGCUUGUUAUAAUCUAUGGUACUUCAUAUGUACAAAUAGUACUGAAAUUUCUCUUAAUUCCAAAGGAUGGAUAUUGGGAAUUUCAGAAAAUCUGCAAAAAUCUUAAAUAUUUCAGAAUCUGAAUAUUAAAACAAAAUUCAGUGAAUUCUAGAUUUGGUAUUUGUGAAUCGGGGAAAUCCAAUACUGCUAAUAUUGUUCUUUUAUUCUUUCCACUUUAGCACUCUUGAACAAUUUUCUAUUGAAAUGGUCUUUGGGGAUGACCUACAAUGCAAUAUUUAAGAAUUGUUUAUUUUAAUGUGUGAUCUUUGAAGCAUCUCCUUGAAUGCACAAGUUAUUCAGCCAAGAUCUGUACAAUUCAAUGAACCUUUCUACUUUCUCCUUUCUCCUGAUAUUUCCCUAUCCUUUUGGCAAAAGUACAAAAAAAAAUUGCACUUGUGCAUUGUAUUUUUACAGCAUCAACAGAAAUCUAUAAUUUUUUUUUGUUUUGAGCUUUGACAUUAGGGAAUUAUUGUUGUAAUCAAAGGAGCAUUUUAGACAUUCUGUACAAUUAUUUGCAAUUUCCUACUAAAAUGUUGCUGCAGAAUGAAUAUUUGGAGAAGGGUCAACUGUUAUAGUGGGUAUAACAUGAAAAUGAUAUGUGUGGUAAACGAAACUGAUUUAUCUGAAAUAAUAAAUCUCUAUAUAAAAUUGUUAGAAUGCACUCAAACUGGUAUUAUACAGAAUACACACCAAAAGGGAAGCAUACACAUGCCUCUCUCACUUUUCAUAAUACAUAUUUUCAUAAUAUAAAUCUUUUGAGAUUUUAUUCUAGAGCAUUGCAGUAUUGAUUCUGGUCACCUUGUAUGAUUUGAUCAUGAAUUUACUUCGCAUUCCUCAUCCAGCUUUGUUAAACAGUAGAUAAAAAUUUUAUUCAAGCUAACCCCUUUCUCAUCAUGUACUUUGUUACCAUAAAGACUGAUGCUAGAAUUACAAAGUUAUAGCACUGCUCAGGACUUUUGAUGGCAAUGAUAUCCUAUUUAUGAACACUGCUUGUAUAUAUGACCAAAAAUUUCACCAUAUUGUCUUCCUGAAAUAGGCAUUUAAAGCAAAUCUCAUGUCAAAUAUUUAUAGCAAUUUUAUUUUGUAUGUGACAGAUACAUGUAUGUUAUAAAAAUAAAGACAUUUAUUUUAAAUA